UAUCAUAACAUCCGUCUUGCAACAAACAAGAAGAAGAACUUCCAUUUUGCCGUCGCGCUGGAAUUUAACAACAGUGAGAAAAAAAACUGACAGAACACGUAUUCAAGUACUUAUCCUAGCACCUUCGCUAACACAAAAACAAAACAAAACACCUUCAUAAUCAAACAGGUACUGUUCAAAGAAGAAUUUGUAUCCUUUCUCUAGCUUUGAUCUUGUCGUUAGCGAAAAUUUGUCUGCAAGACGUUGUACAUCAUCUAGACGUAUUUGUGGCAGAAGUGUAAGCCACGUGGUAAACUCCAUUCUGAGGCACUAGCGGAAGUAACUUCUUCUUGAGUUUUACUGGCGGUUGGCAAAUCAGCUUAUAGGUGCAUUACCGCCACCUUAUGAACUGGAGUGCUAGCGGAAGUAAUGAUACACUGCUUUGCGGCAGAACGGAAGAUGCGUGACGUCAUGUGAAAAGGGCGUAUUACGUGAUCGCGGCAAUCCAACGAGUGACCGCAUACGUCACCACGUUUCAUUGAACAUUCAUGACGUGAGGUCUGCUGCAGUAGUCGACAGUGUUUGUAGUUUCCAGCGGGAUGUUUGAUGGAUGUGCGGAUUAUUUCCUCGGUCUUGAUUUCAGCACGCAGCAGCUGAAAGUGAUCGCUGUUGAUGGAAAUCUGGAGGUGAUUCAUCAGAAUGCGGUUCAUUUCGACAGCGAGCUGCAGGAGUUCAGGACUCAUGGAGGAGUUCAUAUGCAUGAUGAUAAACUUACAGUAACAUCGCCUGUACUGAUGUGGGCGAAGGCACUCGAUGUCCUCCUGAAGAAAAUGAACGACUCAGGGUUUGACUUCUCUCGUGUCCGGGCCAUCUCAGGCAGUGGACAGCAACAUGGCAGUGUGUACUGGAGAACGAGUGCGAGACAAACCCUGAAUCAUCUCGACCCGAAGCAACCUUUAAACAUCAUUUUACAGGAGUGUUUUUCGGUUCGGGACAGUCCGGUGUGGAUGGACUCCAGUAGCUCAGAACAGUGUCAGUGUCUGGAGGCAGCAGUAGGGGGCGCUCAGAAUCUCGCUGACAUCACCGGCUCAAGGGCCUAUGAGCGCUUUACUGGAAAUCAGAUCUCCAAGAUGUCUCGAUUGAAGCCGAGUGAAUACAGUGAAACAGAGAGAAUAUCACUGGUCAGUAGUUUCGCUGCUUCUGUGUUUCUGGGUGACUACGCACCGAUCGAUUACAGUGAUGGGUCAGGAAUGAAUCUGAUGGAUAUUUUUAGCAAGCGUUGGUCACGGUCGUGUCUGAGCGCCACAGCGCCGCAGCUGAACCAAAGACUCGGUGACCCUGUGCCAUCCACCUCCGUUCUGGGUGGCAUUUCUCCAUAUUUCGUUGAACGCUACGGGUUUUCAAAGAACUGUGAAGUGGUGGCUUUUACUGGAGAUAACCCUGGAUCACUGGCUGGUAUGAGACUCUGUGAAGGGGAUGUAGCUGUGAGUUUAGGCACGAGUGACACUGUGUUUCUGUGGAUCAAAGAGCCCAAACCCGCAUUAGAAGGACACAUCUUCUGUAAUCCUGUGGACUCUGAUGCAUACAUGGCUUUAAUAUGUUUUAAAAACGGCUCUUUGACUCGAGAGAGAAUCCGUGAUGAAUUUGCUGAAGGAUCAUGGGAUUGUUUCUCCAGUGCACUGAGGUCUACACCGAUGGGAAACAGAGGGAGCAUAGGGAUGUAUUUUGAUGUGAUGGAGAUCACUCCGCCUGUGGCUGGUGUUCACAGGUUUGAUGCUGAAGGUCAGAAGGUCGGUCAUGUUUUGAACCGCAUUACUCUUCAUAAACACUAUUUAGGGUGUUUGUCAGUGUUCACUGGUCUCAAUGUCCGUGUGUGUUUCUCAUGCAGAGCUGUGGAUGAGCUGCUCUCUGGUUAUGUGAAGUCAGUGUUUGUGUUUGUUCUCUCUCAGGUGGCUGUGUUUGACCCAGAGGUGGACAUUCGAGCGCUGGUUGAAGGACAAUUCUUGGCCAAACGGCUUCACGCUGAAAAGCUGGGCUAUAAGAUCAUUCCAGGCACUCGAGUGCUGGCGACAGGUGGAGCUUCAGCAAACCAGGACAUUUUACAGGUGUUGUGGCCGAGCAGUCGGUGUCUUUCUCAAAGGCGCUCAGAACGGCUCCAGAUCCUCAGCUGGCCGUCACACCGACUCCAGGAGCUGAAGAGGUUUAUGCGCCGAUGCUGCAAAGAUUCGCAGAGCUGGAGGCAGAAAUACUCCAGAACAAACCCAAAUGAAUCUGAAACAUCAAUCUGUUUUCUUUUAUACAAACAUCAUCAGUGUCUUAACCAGGUGAUACCUAAUCGUUUUGAAACCUUUUUCUUUUCAACUCUUAUGAUUGAACGCAACAAAGAAAUGAAUGGUUUGUCGUUUGAUUGUUUUUAAUGUUGGGCUGAAAUGGCCCCGUCCACACUGAAAUCUCAUUGGAUCAAAAUCCCCAGACCGAUAAGAUACAUGAUGUCACCAGUGUUCGUUUGAAUAGUGCAAUGCAUUAUGUCACCUUAACAAUAAAAAUAACGUCUGAUGAGUUUAUAUAUCGAGUUUGUUU